ACCCCAUCCUUUGCUUCUGCGCGGAGACGCGCCCGCAGUGAAGAUUGUCCCGCGCGGCUCUCCGUCGGCCAGCGGGCGUUCCAGUGUGCGCGGGUCCCCGCGUCCCGGGAGACGGCGGCGAUGGCGUUCCGGUGUCAGCGGGACAGCUACGCCCGCGAGUUCACCACCACCGUGGUCUCCUGCAGCCCCGCCGAGCUGCAGACCGAAGGAAGCAACGGCAAGAAGGAAGUGCUGAGCGGCUUCCAUGUGGUGCUGGAAGACACGCUGCUUUUCCCCGAGGGCGGGGGACAGCCUGAUGACCGUGGUACAAUCAAUGACAUCUCUGUGCUGCGGGUGACCCGCCGGGGGGCCCAAGCUGAUCAUUUCACACAGACACCCCUGGCCCCUGGGACCGAGGUCCAGGUCCGGGUGGACUGGGAGCGGAGGUUUGACCACAUGCAGCAGCAUUCGGGGCAGCAUCUCAUCACAGCAGUUGCUGACCAUCUGUUUGGGUUGAAGACCACAUCAUGGGAGUUAGGGCGAGUCCGGAGUGUGAUCGAACUGGACAGCCCCUCUGUGACUGUAGAGCAGGUGGCCGCCAUUGAGCAGAGCGUCAAUGAAAAAAUCAGGUCCCGGCUGCCUGUGAUCGUGCAAGAGCUGAGCCUGGAUGACCCGGAGGUGGAGCAGGUGAGGGGCCGGGGUUUGCCGGACGAUCACGCAGGGCCCGUUCGAGUCGUUACCAUCGAGAGCAUUGAUGCCAACAUGUGCUGUGGGACCCAUGUGAGCAAUCUCAGUGACCUUCAGGUCAUUAAAAUUCUGGGCGUUGAGAAGGGGAAAAAGAACAAGACCAACCUGGCAUUUCUGGCUGGGAACCGGGUGCUGAAGUGGCUGGAGAGGAGCCAUGGAACUGAAAAAGCACUGACCGCGCUGCUGAAGUGUGGAGCGGAGGAGCACGCGGAAGCAGUGAGGAAGCUACAGAACUCUACCAAGCUCUUGCAGAAGAACAACCUGAAUCUGCUCAGAGACCUGGCCGUGCACGUGGCCCACAGCCUCCGCAACAGCCCGGACUGGGGAGGUGUGGUCACAUUACAUAGGAAGGAGGGUGAUUCUGAGUUCAUGAAUAUCAUCGCCAAUGAGAUCGGAUCCGAGGAGACCCUCCUGUUCUUAACUGUGGGCGAUGAGAAAGGUGCUGGGCUCUUCUUGCUGGCAGGGCCGGCUGAGGCCGUGGAGACCCUGGGCCCCAGGGUGGCUGAGGUUCUGGAGGGCAAAGGAGCUGGGAAGAAAGGCCGCUUCCAGGGCAAGGCCACCAGGAUGAGCCGGCGGGCGGAGGUGCGGGCGCUCCUGCAGGACUACAUCAGCACUCAGAGCGCCGAGGAGUGAGGAUGCAGUCCGGGGCUCCGGCCGUGGAGAACGGGCCUCCCGUGACCACAGAAAGAGUCUCUUGGACAAUAAAAUAGUUUGAUUUGAAAUGGU